AUGAAUGGCUUAUCUCCUGAAACAUCUGAAAAACCCUACCCCUCCUCCCCUGAUCAAAACCUUUUCACCCCACCCCACUCUGGUCAAGAUGCAGCCAGAGAGAUUUCUAGCUCGGAGAGGCAACAGUAUAACAAGGCAUUGAAAGCCAUGUAUGAAAUUGUUCGGUUGGGAUCAAAACGUUUGGAGAAACCUGUGACUGAUGGUGACCAUGAUGAUGAUGAUGAUGAUGAUGAUGAUGACAUGAUUCCAGAAACAGUGACAGAAACAUCUGAAACUGAAGAAGACCUAAGUGGUUUGUUAUUUUAUUUUUAUUCACUUGCUAUUUUGAUUGGCCUUAAAUACUUAAUUCUAUUUAAUGCACCUUUUGAUUAUGUGUAGAAGAAAUCUAUCGUAAAUAAUGGAGCUUAGCGUGAAUACCCGUUAAGCUCAUUGGUUAAAUCGCCUGACUUGACAGUCCAAGUUAGCUGUCUGACUGUCUUAAGUUCUUAAUGCAGAAAAUGCCACAUCUUUGUGGAAAAUUUUCUUUUGUAGAAACGUGAAUAGUUAUCAUGGCACUAUGUCUUUUUAGAAGCAAGGAGUGCCGUUAUUUUGGGGCAAUAUGAUAAUUUAAAACUCCUUAUGACUCUAAAAUUGUAUGUUAUCGUACUUAUUAUUUUGAAUUGUGCAUUACAGAAACCUUUUGUUUCUUGAUUUGUAGGAGGAGGUAAUCGAUAUUCCGAUCAUGUGACCCUUGCAAAUUCCCAUACAAAAAAGAAACUGACCUCCAAAAUGUACGAAAAGCAGGUGAGAAUAGAUAUCUCUAUAAUAAAAGGAAUGAUCCUUACCUUUGUCUUUUGAAAUUUCAAUCUUAACCCUUUAAACCCUAACAUCAAAAUUCAAAUUCUCAUUUGUUAUCCCUAUACGUUUUCAAUAGAAGUAGUGGGGAGAAUUUGUUGAAGUAUCAAUUAGAUUCAUCUUGUGUGAUCAUGGCCUUAAUUCUCAUGACCCCUGUGUUUUACAAAGCAGUGAUAUUACAUGGAGAAAUUUGACGCUGAUCACUCUUAGGGCUUGAAGGGUUAAAUUAUCAUACAGCGAAUAAUUUUCUUGGGCUCUCGCUUUAUUGAUGUGAGACCAGUCUUUCCAGGUAUAAAAUCUGAUCACCAGACAAUAGUGUACUGAAAAACACAAUGCAUUUCAAAAUAAAACUUAAGGCUGCUUCUUUUGUCUUUAUUUGAAUUUGUGGCAUUUUUGAUGGCUGCACAUGGGAGAAAUAAUUGUAUUUUUGGAAUCUUCUACAAUGUUUGUGUAUAUUUUGCAAACUAAGGUUCAACAUCAGCUAGAUGCGGAUAAUGUGAAGCGAAUCCACACAGAACUGAUGAAGAUAAAUGCUAUGUUGCAGGUCAGACAACUGAUUUUUUGACAUUAUUCUUGGUGGAGUAAUCUUUCCAAGUCUGUCCUAGUCUUAAGUCACUUACAUUGUUGUUUUUCUGCAGAGGGAAAGUGAAACUCUUCACAAACGAGAAGUUCAACUUCGUGAACGAGAGAAAGCUCUGCGAGAUGCUGAGAAGCUCAGUCACACAACUGAUAUCAUUAUUGAUAGAGUAGUGACGCAAGAAGUAGACAAUCGCUGCCAAGCUAUUGUAGAGGUGAAAAAUUUGGCUUUCUAGUUUUUUUGUAUCAGUAAAAAGUACAUUGUUGAUGUCUAAGAUUUAAGGUACAAUGAGGGAUAAAAGUGUUGAGACACGUCUAUAAAAUGGUCCCUUUUUGCUUAAUGGACAUAUCUAUCCCCUCCCCUGUGUAUCCCCAUCCUUUUCCCCAAAAUCAAUGUUGCAUUUUAGACCCUCAAUAGAGUACUAAAGUGUGACAUAAUAACAAUAAUUUAUUGUUAUAUUUCUGAAAUAAAUGGGAUUUGUCAGGGUAUUCUGAAAGAACAAAGUCCAAGAGGCCUACUUGCCAAAAAUGAGCAUUUGGGGGCAAAUUGUCUCUGAGAUAUUAUCCCAGUUAUGCUAAGAAAACUCCAUACAGACCCACCCUUCUAAAUGUUUUGGGGUCGACCCAAAAAAAGUUUGCCCCAAAAUCCUCAUUUUUGGCAAGUAAGCCUCUUGGACUUUGUUCUUUCAGAAUAUCAUGACAAAUCCCCUAAUUUCAGAAAUUUAAUUUUUUAUGACAUCAUCACUUUAGUACUCUAUUCUUUAUUUUACUACAAACAACAUUGAUUCGGGGGUGGGGGGAUUCAUGGUGUUUAAACAGAAUGAAAUAAUAAGUGAAUGAAAUUGUUGUAAAGAUAUAAAUUGUAGUUUUAAAUGAUUUCCUGUUAGUUGUGCCAGUGAUAUGAUUUUCCACAUCUCUCAUUAUAUAUCUUAACAGAAAUAUGAAAACAAACUUGUAGAACUGGAAGAUGUAAUCAACAAGAAAGCAAGAGAAACCAAGCGCUUGAGGGAUUCAUUUGACACAAUAAAGACUGCAAACGACUCCCUGAAAAAGCAGGUGACAUUUUUAGCCAGUAUCAACAGUUUUUUUGGCAAUUAGCAAAGUUGUUGUUUAUUGAAUUUUCUUAAUAUUAUAUUACAACUUCCUAGAUCACUGAUUUAGAGCAACAAAAUAGAAGACUGGAGACACAGGCUCUGAGUGUACAAAGCAGACUUGCGAACUUACAGGUUAGGUGGUGAUGGUGAUGAUGAUGAUAAUGAAGAAAAUGUUGUUCCAGAUUAAGGCAAUGAUGAUGAUGAUUAUGAUAAUGGAGACAAUGGUAAUCCUAGUUUACAUUCAUGAAGAUGGAAGGUUCCAAUGUCUGUGGCGGCAUUACUACAUAACUGACCUCUAACAGAACCCAGUGGGCCCUGGCACCUAACUUUUGCUCCCGGGCAACUAGAAAAUCUCAGGGGGUUUUUUUCAGAGAAAGCAUAUGCUGGGCACCCUGGAUUUCACAGAUUUCAAUUUUUCUUAGAGUUCAGUCUUGGAAUGGAAAUCUGAAAAUACCAUUGUUCCACUGUUACUUGAUAGGAUGCCUUUACAUGCUUCUGAAGGUGACUAGUUUCUGGACCAUUAAGUAUCCACAUUAUUCAACACAUUAUUUAUAAAUAAAUGUGUCAAUUGCAGUAGGUCUUGAAUUUCCUGCUAACUCAAUACUUUCCAUUUCCUCAUAGCCUAAUCAUUCAUCCUUUUCUUUUUUUUGAUCAGAGAAAGAAUGAGAUUUUACAAAGAAACACUAAACCAGAUGAUAAGCAGCUUGAAAAAUCUCGAAACAUCAAGCUCAUGUCACAGGGAAUGGAAGGAACUGGUAUGUUGUCUCUAGCUUAAAGAAUUCUUUUUGACAAAAAGCUGGUAUCAUGCCCAAAGUUGCCGUGCUCAUCACUGAUGAUCACCCGUAGCUUCAGGCCCUUCAUAUUCACACUCCUCGUUGACAAAGUUGUACAUUCAUGUAGGGGGAUUGUCAUCUUCCCUCUCACAGCUUUGAUCCACCAGAACAUAGCAGUCUUGCUAUGUAACUGGCUGUUUGUUGUUCACUGCCCAGGUGUAAAGUGGAUCUUUUGUGGUUGUUUCCUUUGAAGGAGGAAUAAUAUCAUUCAUUCAGUAAUAAUAAUAAUAAUGAUAAUAACAAUAAUAAUAAUAAUGGAAUUUAUAUAGCACUUAUACAUCGCUGUUCUAAGCGCUUUACAAUGUAAAAAAGGACAUAAGAAUAUCAUUAAGCACAAGCUUACAUAUAACCCUACUAUACAGUAAAACAACAGUAAAACAAAAUUAGAGCUUGGCUGUAGGUUUAUGGGACUACCAUUCUUUAUCAUCGCUGUUCAAGAAAGCUUUAGUUAUCAAGCAAUCGUACAUCUUUUUUUAUUAUUUUCCUUUGGAAAUUCUUCCUUUUUCCCUUCUUUUACUUUUUUAUUUCAGAUAUAUCAGCCAAGUCAGUGUCUUUCUCUCAAAACAAGGUACAUAUCUGUAGAAAAAUAAAUAAAUACAUAAAAAUACCCUUUCAAUAGAUACAAAAAUAACUAAAUGAAUAAGUAAAUAAAUAAAUAGGUCAAUAGAUAGAUGAAUCUUGUACCGAUUUAUGUUAACAUUCCAAUGAUGUUUCCAGGUGAAUUUUUCCGGUUUGUUUGAAGUUCUGUCAGUGUUACUGGAAUGGACAUCAGAGUCACAUCUGCAGAGGGUGCCGACAUUUCAGGACUCUCCUCAGGGAAGGCUACAAGAACAACAGUUGGACUUCCCAUCGGCUUUUGUGCAUGAAAAGUGUUUAAAAGUACGUCUUGACAAGCAGAAAGUGUAUGUGCAUGCUUUGAAUUAAAUUUAAUUUGAUUUUUGCCAUGCAUGCUUAGUAAUAGUAUUAUAUUUUUGCAGUAAAUGUAAUAGAAAGCCAGGAUAGAUCUGAUAUUAAUCAAAGAAACUGUCUCAACCCUGAACUUUUGGUAAUUUGUCUUGAAGGGUAGUUGAGGUCUGUGAAAGUUUGGGUUCAGGAAAACAGCAUAACAGUAAACAAACUCUCAGGGAAGAUAAAGUUCUAUAACAAUGGUUUACAUAGUGUUUUGCAUAGCUAGUGAGCUCCAACAUGAAUUCUGCUCAAUAAUGACUGAGCAGAAGUGCUUAGUAUGGUGUUGUUUACUUUGUCUUUGUUGGCAGAUUUUACCAGGAAUGUCAGACAUAUUGAGUUACGUACCAAGCAUGAAUCCUCGUGUACAACAGCCUUGUUUGCAGUUCACUUACUGGAGUGUUGUGUUUAUGGAACAGACAGUACAAGGUUCACAGGUGAUGCUAACUGCAAGUAUAAUAAAUAGAGGAUAUUUCUCCAAGUGGCCGUGUAAUGUUCUAUUUAUUAUAUAAACACCAAUGAAUACCAAACCAUUUCACUUUAAUAGUUUUUUGGUGUGAAAGGCGCGAUUUAUUAUGUAGCCACAGCAACGGUGAUAUUUUCACAUGUGAAGAUAACAUGUUAUUUUCACAUGUGAAGAUAUCAAGUUUUCACGCGAAAGCUCACCUGGUAUUUCUUUGGUGUUUAUGUAAUAAAACAGAUUUCUCUGUUUUUAUUUUUCUCCUUGACCACCCUUUGGAGAAAAGUAGAGAAUUUGUUACAACACUGGAUUCUUGAUGCAACCUGUAACUUUAUACCUUAGUCUAUUUCCCUGAAAGACUUGCUUUCCACCGAGAUUCAUGUUGUUCUUAGAACAAAAAAAAAUCGAAACGUUUGACUAUGUAUUUUUUUACUUUUUGCCUUUUUUUUCAAGAUGACCACGCCAAGAAGUGUCAGCAACGAGGUUGUGGAUUGAAUUAUAUUUUUUUCUCUCUUGUUAGAGAACUGCUUUAGCUUCCACAUUACGUCAUAUUGGCGAAGAACUCUACAGACCUCAGGUAAUGUCAUUCUCUGCAAUGAUUCCUACUAGAUUCCAUAUAAUCUUUAACAGUCUGCGACACUAUCGGAAGCUGCCAGCCUCGGACGUAUUUAGACGAUUCCAGACACCACAGACAAAUGUGCUCCUCUGUUUUUUUCAGUUUUGGCGAUGUUUUUUCGGAUUGGCGGAACUAGGGAAGAGGCUUGGGUGGUUCGGGUCCCAUAAUCCCCUAGUGUUGUUGUCUGUAUCCUUGAAUACUUUGCAAAAUCUCUCAAUAAACUUUGAACUUUGAACUUCGAUCAGGCCAAACUGAAGCCCUCGGGGCCGGAAAAAAUUUUUGCGAGGCCGAGACUCUCCUUUUUCUUAGGGUCUGGAUGAGAGGCUUCCUCCCACCACCCCUACCUCCCCCCACCUCCUUGUUGAUCUGAAUCCGCCACCAUUUUGACUCAAUUUCGGUGCGAAAACUGGUGCCUAGCGACGUAACACACACCUGUUGCUGAUCGUACUGCUUUUCAGGUAACCAAGGUUGCAGAGGAAGGAGCUACUCCCAAAGGCGAAAGGCACAAAGCUGAUAUUUAUUUCCACAGUCCAAACAUUGCUGUCAGAAUUCUAUCAUCUCUCAUCAUUCUCAAGACUCUUUCUCGAGGUCAGAACUACUACAAAAUCGUAGUUGCAGUAAAAUAAUGUCGUCAUAAAGUUGAGCUUUAGGAAGCGCGGGAAAAGAAGCAGCUGAAAAUGUGCAACCAGUGCCGAGGGCGGGAAAACACGUGGUACCUUUGUCAAGCGCGAGAAAACAAGUGGAACCCUUGCAAAGCGCGGGAAAAAGACAGGGUUGGUGUUUAUUAUUAGAAGGUUUGCAACGGCUAUAAAGCGCGGGAAAACUUGUAGCCGAUGAAGUGAUUGCGACCAAGUGCGCAACGCUGCGACCUGUCCCUGGCGCGUUGCGUAGCAGCGACGUUCCUCUAGUGUGGCCAACCGUACAGUAACCUCAACACGUUUCAAACAAGCUUGCCUCUUUCUUAAUAACAGCACAUCAGCUCAACGACUCAUCUUGUGACAUAUGUCUACGUUCUUAAAGCGACGCUCAGUGAUAGUAUGGUUUUGAAUCUUGUUUCGUGUUGUGUUGUUUUGUAGUUGAUUACUUGGCUCAGGUGUUCGAUGUCCUGAAGACUGAUUUGAAGGAUGAUGUGGUUAGUGUUAUCUCUUGCUGUUCUGAUCUGAGGUAGUUUCUAGGAAUUUUCUAAUCCACUAUCUAGUAGAACAGUCCUUCCCUUUUUAAUUUGAAUUCUUUUGCUGUUGACGAUUUGGACAGAAAAAAUCUUCGAUGGGUGAAGUUGACAAUUUACCGUUCGUUUUUUCAUGUUAAAAAGCAUAGUUUAUCUACUGUGGAGGACUAGCCCUAAUUUCUACUCAGCGAAAAAUUUGCCUGAAGUUUGAGUUCUUUUUAAAAAUUAAAUUUGGCUUCGACGUUUUACUACAGACUACAGUAGCCCUUCUCAUUAUAUGGGAUAUCCUAAGGGUUAAAUGUUAGUUAAACGAUCACAGUAGUAAUUUUUUUAUUUUAUUUUAUAUCUUUACUGAAGAAAGGUUUUUUUUAUAACAGGGCAAACAAAUUUUUCUGACCUAUGAGGGUGUAAACGUGGUGUUGUCUUACAUGAAGCCUGUUCAGAAGGUACGUUGACUGGAAUUUUCUGCAGUACUAAGUAUAUUGUUGCCUAGGGCCGAGAGAAGUUGGCAGGGAGGUCCAAAUUACAUUCCCAUCCCUUGAAACUCCCGCCUGUCCCGUCCCGUGCUGACGAAACGGCUGAUAAGGGAGUAAGAUGAUUUAAACAUAAUAAUGGAGGAGACUAGACGGGGUUGUCCUUUUAGCCAGUUAAGUUCAUAGCCAACCAGAUUGUGUUCUUUCCCUACCAGGCUCUUCUCAGUAGCGCUGUGGAUGUAAUGUUGCUGAUGUCUGUUGAUUCACGUACGUAAUAUUCUGUUGUUGUUUUUUUUUUCGGUGAAACUGCAAAUGAACUCAAGUUCACAAGAUUGUCUAUUACUCGCUUUACUACGUUUUUCCUACUAAAUGCGGAGCGUUUUGUCAAAUCUGGUUGUUUUAUCUUUUUUCAGCUUUCACUGCGGCGUUUCUUGACAGUUGCUCAAAUGAGCUGUGGUUCAGGACGGCCGUGAAUCUGCUUCAGCAUAAAGGACUGGACCCUAAAAUACUGGAAAAGCUAAGCAUUGUUUUACAGAGACUUUCCAAAAUCAAGUAAGUACAUGUAUAACGACGACUCCAAUAUGUUACAAAUCAGGUCGGUGGUGUGAUGAUCAUUUUACCGGUGGAAACAGUAUAAUUAGUAAUCAUCCAUGAUAGAAAAGUACUCGGCUCUACUUAUGAUCGCUUUUGUGUUAUUGGGCACUUUUCUCGAAAGUCCUGAUAACUUUUCGGGUCGGGAACGUUGUUUUACUCGCCAAGAUUUUACGCCGAAAUGCUGUGUAGGUUUGAGCUCGCAAAUCAGACAAACUUGCAAUACCAUGACAUUGCAAAGACUCCAUAGUAAAUUCUGGGACAUUAUUGAUUGCAUUAUGCCUUCCUUCACAGUCGGCAAAUAAGCAUGAGUUCCAAUCAGGGUACGUCUUUUUUUUCUAACAGUAAACUAGACGUCGGAUUGAUUUGCUCGUAGACCGGUUCUUGGAAAAACGCUAUGAUCCUUGUCUUGUCAAGUAUCACGUCUAUGGAAACAAAGUGAAAAUGCACAACCUAAAGUUCAGUUAAAAAGGCCAUGUUAUUUUACUUUUGAAGAAAGUUUACUGGGUGUUCAAAAUAACGUUGCGAUAACAACCAAAAAAAGUUUUUUGUCAUGGUCUAAUCAUCAGUCUCCGGACAUGCAACUGUUCGCUUUUGUUUUUCUGAAGGAGAAGUAGCGCUUGAAUCGGUGGCAAAGGCCAGGUCCUUUGGUCUCCGACCGGAAUUGCCAAGAAAAGGUUAAAAGAAUUUGUUUUAGAUGUAGAAUUUCUUACCUGAUUUUUGUCGCUUAAACUCGCCAAAACGAAAGAGUUUCAGGUAAACCUUUUUUGUAUUUGAUUUGCAGAUCCAAUCGUCGAUACUUUGAGGCUUUUCAGAUCUCUCCUCUAGUACAAGAAAUGUUACGGACUUGCGAUCCACAAAAUGCUUUUCUUGCUUUAAACCUUCGAUCCAUCAUCUUUAACCUUGGCCAGGGGAAGACGUGACAUACUAUGCUGAAACAGUUUAGAGCGAAUUCACCAACUUCAUGCAGUCAGGAUUAAGGGUCAGCGACGAGUGCCGAUAUGUCUCUAGACGUUUGAUAUGUCAUGACAAGGGAUACAGCGAAGAGGUAGUGGAUCCGAUGGACAAGAAAAACGAAUGACUACAAGUACAAGGAAACUGGAGAUGUUACCUCGUGCGCUUUUUUCGGUGGCAAAGCAAAAUGUCGAGAUACAGGAUCCACACAGGUCAGAUAACAGUUAAAACAGUUUAUUUAAAACGUUUAACUGUCAGCAUUAAAGCUUAAUUCCAAUUCUUUUCUAUCGAGUUGGAACAAAAGACUUAGAGUAGAAAAAACUGUUUAUAGAUGUCUUCCAUUUUCGGUUUUUAAUUUCCCGCGAAAAGCCAUUUUGAAUUUUAUGACGUCAUUGGCUUGCAUCGUUUUGUGAACUGUUACAGCGGGAAACAGCGGGAACCAUCUAAGGACUUGAAAACUGACAAUCUGUGGGGUGGUGGAUUCCCAUAUGAGACGGGUGGGGAGCUCAUUGUCUCCUUAAGGAGCGCAUUACUCCUGGCGUCAUCUAGAGUGUUCACGAUGGAACGCUGA